AUGAAUUUGAAUGGUAACAAUUACGCUGCGCAAAAAAGGUCAACUCGUAAGGUGAAGAAAAAGCUGCGACGAUUGCAAAAAGCGAAAAAGUUGAAGCGAUAUAUGAUAGAUGCGAUCAAAGAUGUUCGCCUUAGGAAACACGCAAAUGCCCGAAAACGAGCAGUUGACAUUAAGGAUGAUUGGUAUACAGAUCGUCAAAUUGUGGCGGAAAAUGAGGCAGAUGAUGACAUUCUUCCCUUAGAUAUGCUUGAUGCAGAUAUCGAUUGGGAGAACAGUGCAUUUGCUUCAAAAAUUAGGCGAAUUGAAAAAGUAAAAAAUGAUGCCGAAAUUGAUGAUAUUGAAAGUAAAACACGUAGAUUUCCUGGAACAUUGGAUGAUAAUAUGCGAGAGUUAUUGCCAAUUAAAGUGGGUACAAAAGUAAUAAGACAGACGUGCAAGAAAGAUGAGUCUAAUGAAUCUGAAGAUAAAGACAAUCAGGAAGAAGAUGAAAUUAGUCGAAUUGAUUUAUCUCAGCUGAGUGCAGCAGAAUUGUUAAAAUUAUGUCACAGUCAUGUGGAGGAAGCAAAAGGCAGAAUUAGCAGUUUAGCCUACUUGAUUAUCGCAGAUCCUCACGCUGAAGUGCACAAAUUGAAAGAAUUGUAUUUAUUGUCUAUAGGCAAAAAUAUUUUUUCAUUGGCUCGUGAAACUGUGAUAAAACUUGCAAGUAUUUCAUUGGCUGAAGUUUUCGUUGAUAUAAUCCCGGGUUAUGUUAUAAGGCCUCAUACCGAAGAUGAGAUGGCUCAGAAACUUAAGAAAGAAACGAAAAAGUUAUAUGAUUUCGAGCAAACACUUUUGCGGUAUUAUCUGAAGUAUUUACAACAUUUAGAAAGCUACGCUGCUAAAUUAUUGAAGGCUUCCAAACAAUUGAAUUCGUUGCCUAUUGUCUGCCUGAAAUGCCUUUCACGAGUGCUCCUGUCUGCGCCUCAUUUCAAUUAUGCUUCAAACAUAAUCAGUUUUAUAGUUCGUAUAACCAGUUCAAAUUUCAAUAAUGUUAUCGAUAUAUGUUGUUCUACAUUGAGUGAACUGUUUCAUAACGAUUUAAACUUUCGAAUAUCUGCUACUGCAGCUAAAUAUAUUACAUCUAUUGUUAAUCAAAAAAAAGGCAACGUACCACCGGCAUUGAUCGCAACAUUCCUGAAUUUGAAAAUAAAGGAAGUAAAUAAAGGCGGAAAAAGUCAGAAAAAGGAGAAGCUGUUGAGUAAGAAGAGAUUAUUGAAUAAGGAGAAGAAAAGCAAGAGUAAGGAAAGGUUCGCCAGACAGUUGAAGAAAUUGGAAGCUGAUUUGAAAGAAGCUGAAGCAGCUGAAUCUAUUUCAACAAAACUGUCGUUUGCAACUGAAACAAUGAAUCACGUAUUUGCAACAUAUUUUCGCAUCAUAAAGCGAUUACCCACAACAAGUUUACUAGAACCAGUACUAGAAGGUCUGGCUAAAUUCGCACAUUUAAUUAAUGUUGAAUUCUUUGACGACAUGAUAUCUUCACUAUCCUUGCUCAUCAAUCAGCAGCAUCUUCGACUGGUGGAUUCAUUGCGAUGCAUAUAUACAUCAUUCGUCAUGCUUUCCGGUGAAGGUGUUGCAUUAAAUAUCGAUCCAUCUCGAUUUUAUUGGUCGAUGUACCAUUUACUACCUGCUUUAGCAUUCGAAAAACAAGAUGCACUUGUAAACACAUUAUCGCUGACGUUACGCACAUUAGAUCUAAUGAUUAAUUGCCGUCGUAAGCAAGUUCCAGUGUGUCGUGUAGCUGCUUAUAUCAAACGUUUAUUGGCAUUAGCGUUUUUUAUGCCCUCCUCUGGCAUAGUAUCUAUUUUGCUGUGUAUUAGAUCUUUUUUCAUUGCUUAUCCAAAACUAGACUGCAUGCUAGAAAAUACGGAUGGAAGUUCCUAUAUCGAAUUGUUCAAGCCAGAACUUGAUGAUCCGGAUUGUUGUGGUGGACUUUCCUCAAUUGGAAUGAUAGCACUAUAUCUUCAGUCUGGCUUACCAUCUACAGGGCCAAAUCGUCUGUUGCCAGAAUAUUCAGUGAAGAAAGCAUACGAAUGGUAUGAGGAAAACAAGCAUACUGGAGAAAUUGGUGAAGAACCUUUUUUUAAGAGACAUAUCAUUGCUUUCUCAAAGAAGCAUAAAUUGCAACUGACAUCGAAGACGCUCCAUCAGUUGGUAUGUAGAUGGGUUGAACAGGAUAUAGAAAGCAAGUCAUAA